AUGCUGGCCGCCGUAGAUUUCAUAGAAGACGGCUUCCGUUUCUACUCGUUCGACCCUGCGUCUGCCCCGCAGUUCCAGGCCAUUGCGCGGUUGAUCGAUGUGCACCUCUCGGAGCCCUACUCUUUGUACGUCUACUGGUAUUUUUUCCACGAGUGGCCGCAGUACUGCUUUCUUGUCAGCACUGUAGGCUCGCUGGACAUCGUGGGGGUGGUCAUUUCCAAGGUGGAGCCCCACCGCGCAGUGCGGGUGAGAGGCUACAUCGGCAUGCUUGUCAUCGACCCUGCGUUCCGGGGCCAGGGCUUGGCCAAGAAACUCGUGCAGUUGAGUAUCCGCAAGAUGGUCGAGUGGGACCACGUGGACGAGAUCAUGCUCGAGACGGAGGUGGACAACCUGGCCGCGUUGCAUUUGUAUGAGCUGUUUGGUUUUUUGCGCACCAAGAGAAUGCAUCGGUACUAUCUCAACGGCAGCGACGCCUUCAGACUCAUCCUCCCUGUUCUCGAGAAACUGGGCACGCGCAUUGCGUUCCUUGCGCCUCUAGAUACUUCCGGCAAGCCGGGGUCUGCGUGCGCUGUGGAUUCCGCACGGUGUUAG